AUGCUUUGGACAUUCAAGCUUUUCAUUCUCGCAUUUACCGUCCUGGGGGCGGUUUGGUGUGAGGCCAUACAGCUAGACGACAUCCCCGAGGACAGGGAGGAUGCCGAUGAUAGCCUUCUAAAGGGAUGGGCGAUCGGUAUCGAUCUGGGUACGACGUAUUCUUGUGUGGGUGUUGUGGGGUCGAGUGGAGCCACAUCGAUGGAAAUACUCGAUCUUGGCCAGGGGAGGCAGACAUUGCCAAGUAUUGUCAAAUUUUUGCCCUACAGAGAUGAGGUUACAAAGAAACAGCAGUACAUGGCCAAGACGGGCUGGGAAGUUUACAACGAGAAUAUGAGGACGCCCUCUCCAAACACAUAUCUGUAUGCUUUCAAGCGUUAUAUGGGCUUGUCCUCAUUGCAGGAUGAUCCAUCGCUGAGUGGAAUCAAGAAUAAGGUGACCUAUGCUCUUGAGGAGGUUGUUAACGAGAAAGAUCCUUCAAAGAAGAGUAUCUACAUGCUGGUGAAGGAUGUUAACGGUGAGGUUGUCAAGAAGGUGUCGGCGAUUGAUUCGUCGGCGUAUGUCCUUGAGCAUCUGAUGAAGGUGGUAAACGACCGCUACGGCGCAAAGAACGUCGCCAAUGUGAUUAUAACUGUGCCUGCGUACUUUUCGGAGAUGCAGGUGCAGGCUACGAGGACGGCGGCCACCAUUGCCGGAAUCAGCCUCUCGCGUACUGUCAACGAGCCGGUUGCCGCUGCGUAUGCGUACCAGGUCAGAAACAAGGAUAGAAGCAUGGCUUUGGACUCGUUCUUGGUGUUUGAUCUUGGAGGUGGUACCUUGGAUGUGUCCAUACUUGAGUAUGAGGGAGGUGUUCUCGAGGUGCAGACCUAUUCGGGCAGUAACUUCCUCGGUGGUGAAAAUAUAAACGACUGUCUCUUCAAGUACUUCUACGGCCUCAUGGAAAAGAGCAGUAUUUUGCUGAACGAUGUGGAGAAGCUGCGUUUGAGAGGCUUUGCUGAGAGAUUCAAGAUAAGUCUGUGCACGAUGCAGCUUGAGGAGGGCGGAGAUGCUGAGUUUGAAGAUGAGUUCAUCUACUUGGGAGACAAGGUGUUCACAUUCAAGCUGAAGACGAGCGAGUUUAACAAGGUGUGCGACGAAGUCGCCAAGAGGGUCAAACACUACCUGACAGGUGAAGUGGAUGGCAUUCUGUACAAGUACAGGCAGAAGCUUGAUAAGGACAAGGACGACAUCAAGAAGGUGCUUCUUGUUGGUGGUAGUACGCGAGUUCCGUUCGUCAGGAACAUUUUGUACGAAAUAUUUGGCCGUGACAAGGUGAGUGCUGAGCUGAACCCGGAUACGGUGGUUGCAGAGGGCGCUGCUUACUACUCUGCGAACAUGCUCAAUUAUCUGCAGGACGACAGCAUUCAUCUGAUCGAUGUGGUGCCGAUGAACAUCGGUAUAUGCGUAGAUUCAGACACGUUCGAGAGCAUUCUCGACAUGGAGAGUGCAAUCCCCGCAACACAGACCAAGACAUUCACAACGGGACACGACAACCAAAUGAAGGUGAACAUUCGUGUGGCGCAGGGUCUGCGAUACCAAUAUCACAAAAACAUGCAUCUUGGUGAGUUUGAGCUAACGCUUGACAAGCCGCAGCCGCGAGGUGUUCCGCAAAUUGAGGUAACGAUAAGCAUUGAUAAGCAGCGUGACAUUCACGUAACGGCAGUCGAUAAGCAUACAAAGAAGGAGGCGAAGGUCAAAUUUGUAAAGACUGAUUACGAGCUCAGUGAUGCGAGACGAGGUGAAAUGUUGAAGGACCGUGAGUCUAACAAGGCUGCGGAUGAGAGGAUGAAGGUGAAGGACCAGCGUGUCAAGGAAUUGGAGAGUUACAAGGAUGUGGUCAAUUCGGCAGCCCAGCAACCCACAGUUGCGCAGGAGGUUCGUGUCGAGGCCUAUAAGGCGAUCACAAAACUUGAGGAUUUCCUCAAGGAUGCGAAGAACCCGCUCAGUGGUAUAUCUUCCGAUGAUGUGUCGUUAAGGCAGAAGGAGUUUGAAAGGGAGGUAAUGCCUUUGAUGUCUGCUGCUGGUGCUAAGCCUGCAGAGGCUGUGCCUGAGGCCGAGAAGAAGGCACGUGAAGAAUUAUAAGGUUUUAUUAAAGAUCGUUGGGAG